ACAGAAGUGAGCGGAAUAUCCCAGCAGCUCCCGGUUGAUCCCGGCUCAGCCCCACGCCUCCGCGGAGCUGCACACAGGUGGCUGUGGCUCCGGAGCCGUGGGGUGGGGGCAGAGCAGCCGAGCUGAGGUGCAAAGGGCCCCCUCCCCGUUUCCCUUUGUGCUCUCGCCUGCGAAGAACUCCCCCGAGGAGCCAGGGCAGAGAAUUCCCCCAAGCCUCCUCGCCUUUGUUUGAGUUGGCUUCUCGCUGCGCUGGCUGGCUGCUGGUCCUGGAGCCGGGGCUGCUUUCCUUCCCCGCCUCCCUCCUCUCUUCCCCGCACCGCUCUCCCGUUCGGGGGCGGUUUGAUGGUGUUGCGAAGGGACGCUGGGCGUUUGCCGGAGCUCUCCCAGGGAUGCCCCGCUGCCCCCGCGAGCUCGCCCGGAGGAAUCGGAACGGGGGUGCGUGAAGUCAGUGCAAAGCCCGGGAUGGAGAGGGGCACCGAACAAUAACACGCUCCCGGCCUUCUCCCCCCGCCCCACCCACCAACCCCAGCUAGGCGCUGGCAGCGGAUAAAGCAAGUUGGGCGCGAGAGAGGUAACAACACAGUUGCUUUUUGUUUUGGGCUGCACAAACCUUCUGCUGUGCGAGCGAGAGCCCCGGGCUCUGGAACGAGGUCUCUAAGCUCCGCUCCUUCCCACCCACCGACCCGAGCUGCUGCCGCCCCCGGUGGCUCAGUUAGCAUUUGGGUGUGCAUCCCUUGAUGCCUGGCUCAGCGAGGAAUCGGGAUCUCUCCUGGCAGGACGGGCAUGUCCGAGCGGCGUGAGGAGGGGAGCUGGCCCGUCCCAGCCGGCGUGGUUGUGUCAGGUCGCCGUGCUCUCUGCGGGCAGGCUCUGAGAGCAGGUGGCGCGGGAAGGAGGGGAAGCGAAGCCCGGGCCCCCUCCCGAAGUCCCAGCUCUGAGGAGGGGCGGAGGGGUGCGAAGGAGCUGGCCGCUGCAGGGACGGAGGAGGAGAGCCGCUCGCCAGCAGCUGUCUAGGAUGCCGGAGCUGAGCAGGGAUGGACUUUGCCACCACUUUGAAGAGGGAAGUGUGGCAGGAGAUCUGCCCUGGGCUGGAACGUGGGCAAACUGCUAGUUAAGCCCCCUGUGUUUGGCCAGCGGGUCUCAGCUGGCAGGGGCAGAGACUGGCACUCCUGGGUCCGUCUAGGCUUUACAGUCAGACACAUGGACCAAAGAAACUCAGCAUCCCAGCAGCGAGACCCAUCCAGCACCUGAACUUGGGGCGCUAACGGGGCAGCCACACCCAUCUGGAGCAGCCCCGAAAUAGGGACCUUUCUUCUGUAUGGAGGUGUCCUGCUUGUGUGUCCUUGACAAGUUCUCCCACUUCUGGGGGCAGGCCCCUGUCUCUGGAAUCAGAGCUCCCGCAGCUGGGUGGGUGACCCAGUGAGACGUCGCUGCCCAUCCGAAUUUCUUCCCCCAGCGCUAGCCCCUGGCAGGUUGGGGCUCAAAAGCUGGGAGGUCUUUGAUCCUCUGCGUCCCUGGGAGUUGUUUGCUUUGUUUGUUAAUGUUGAUCCUCAGGUCCCCGCCUGCAAUCUCUGGCUCCAAGGGGAUUUGUGAAGCUGAGACUGGGCGAGGCUUUCCGGACUUUUACCUGACCGGCCCCUCGGGCUCCAGGUCAGGCCCUGGGUCCUAACACCUGCGGCGCUGCCUAUGCCGUAGAAAUGGAGUGUGUGGCUGUAAACUCUUCCUCCUGCAAGUGAGCCGAGCCCGCCCCGUCCAUACAUGCCAGCUGGAGGAUGGGAAUCCCUGGGGAAACGUAGCUCCCUGCAGCUCCGGAAGAGGAGGGGGGGUCUCCUGCACCCCUGCUGGGUCCUCUGCCUUGGAUGUACCAGCGGACGGCUGGGCCCUUGCCAGCAGCGGCAUGACGGCCUGCCAGUACCCCAUGGCGCCCGGCCCCUUGGAGCGGGACCGGAUGUACCAGCACAAGGUCUCCCUGGUGGUGCGCUAUUUCAUGAUCCCCUGCAACAUCUGCCUCAUCCUCCUGGCCACCUCCACCCUGGUGUUUGCUGUGGUGCUUUUCCUCAAUAACUACAAGCCCGGUAACUAUUUCCCCCCACCACCGCCGCUGCCGCAGGAUGUGUGCCGAGGAAUGCUGUGCGGAUUCGGAGCCAUAUGCGAGAGGAGCACCACCAACUCCUCCCAGGCCUCCUGUGUCUGCAAGAAGACUACCUGCCCAGUGGUGGUGGCCCCUGUGUGUGGCUCGGACUAUUCCACCUACAGCAACGAGUGCGAGCUGGAGAAAGCCCAGUGCAACCAGCAGAGACGGAUCAAAGUCAUCAGCAAGGGGGCAUGCGGUUCCAAGGACCCCUGCGCAGAGGUGACGUGCAGCUUCGGCAGCACCUGCGCCCGCUCCACAGACGGCCAGGCGGCCAAGUGCAUCUGCCCGUCCUCGUGCGGCGGCACGGCCGAGAGCACGGUGUGCGGCAGCGACGGCAAGGACUACCGCAGCGAGUGCCUGCUCAACAAGCACGCCUGCGACAAGCAGGAGAACGUCUUCAAGAAGUUGGACGGGCCCUGCGACCCCUGUAGGAGCACUCUCAACGACAUGAACCGGGUGUGCCGGGUGAACCCCCGCACUCGCAGAGCAGACCUGCUCUCCCGGCCUGAAAACUGCCCUCCGAAGAGGGAGCCGGUGUGUGGCGACGACGGGGUGACCUACGACAACGAGUGCAUCAUGGGGCGGUCGGGUGCCAUCCGGGGGCUGGAGAUCCAGAAGGUGCGUUCGGGGCACUGCCAGCCUCAGGACAAGUGCCAGGCCGAGUGCAAGUUCAACGCCGUGUGCCUCAACCGCCGCGGCACCGCCCGCUGCUCCUGCGACCGCAUCACCUGCGACGGCGCCUACCGGCCCGUCUGCGCCAGGGACAGCCGGACCUACAGCAACGACUGCGAGCGCCAGAAGGCGGAGUGCCAGCAGAAAGCCGCCAUCCCCGUGAAGCAUGAGGGCCCUUGUGACCUGGGCAUGCCCAGCCCGUGCCUGAGCGUGGCGUGCACCUUCGGGGCCACCUGCGUGGUGAAGAACCGGGAGGCGGUGUGCGAGUGCCAGCAGGUGUGCCUUAGCCGCUACGACCCCGUCUGCGGCAGCGACAACCGCACCUACGGCAACCCCUGCGAGCUGGACGCCAUGGCCUGCGUCCUCCGGAAGGAGAUCAAAGUGAAGCACAAAGGGCCUUGCGACCGUUGCAGCAAGUGUCAGUUCGGGGCCAUCUGCGAGGCAGAGACGGGCAGGUGCGUGUGCCCAACAGAAUGCGUCUCCUCCUCCCAGCCGGUCUGCGGCACGGAUGGGAACACCUACGGCAGUGAGUGCGAGCUCCACGUCCGGGCAUGCACGCAGCAGACCAACAUCCAGGUGGCCGCGCAAGGAGACUGCAAGUCGUGCGGCAGCGCUGUCUGCGCCUUCGGGAGCAGGUGCGUGGGUGGGCAGUGCGUGUGCCCGCGCUGCGAGAGGCAGCCCUUCUCCCAGGUGUGCGGCAGUGACGGCGUCACCUACGACAGCCCGUGCGAGCUGCAGGUGGCUUCCUGCCAGCAGAAGAAGGCCAUUGAGGUUUCCAGGAUGGGACCUUGUGAGGAGGAGUGUGGCUCGGGGGGCUCAGGCUCUGGGGAUGAUAACGAGUGCGAACAGGACCGCUGCCGGCAAUACGGGGGCUCGUGGGACGAGGACGUGGAGGACGACCGCUGUGUGUGUGACUUCACCUGCCUGGCUGUGCCGCGCAACCCGGUGUGCGGCUCUGAUGGUGCGACCUAUGCCAACGAGUGUGAGCUCAAGAAGACACGCUGCGAGAAACGCCAGGACCUCUACGUCACCAGCCAAGGAGCCUGCCGUGUCACUGGAACGCCUUCCCCGCCACUCCAGGUUCUGCACUGCAGCCAGACCAUAUAUGGAUGUUGUCCAGAUAAUACAACCGUGGCCCUCGGCGUGGGCUCAGCUGGCUGCCCGAGCACCUGUCAAUGUUACCCCUACGGCUCGUAUGGGGGGGCCUGCGACCCCACCACCGGCCAGUGCUCCUGCAAGCCGGGGGUUGGGGGACUGAAGUGCGACCGCUGUGAACCUGGCUUCUGGAACUUCCGCGGGAUAGUCACGGACAGCAAGAGCGGCUGCACCCCUUGUAACUGCGACCCGGUGGGCUCGGUGCGUGACGACUGCGAGCAGAUGACUGGACUGUGCUCUUGCAAGACCGGCAUCACUGGCAUGAAAUGCAACCAGUGCCCCAACGGAAGCAAGCUGGGGAUGACCGGCUGCGAGAAAGAUCCCUCUGCGCCAAAGUCCUGCCGCGAGAUGAGCUGCGAGUUCGGGGCGUCAUGCGUGGAGGUCAGUGGCUUUGCCCACUGCGAGUGCCCGUCCCCGCUGUGCGUGGAGGCCAACAUGACCAAGGUCUGUGGCUCUGACGGUGUGACCUAUGGUGACCAGUGCCAGCUGAAGACCAUUGCAUGCCGGCAGGGGCAGGUCAUCAAGGUGAAGCAUGUUGGGCAGUGCCAUGAAUCCAUCACCCACGUGAGUCACACCGUGCAGCCCAUGCCAUUGCCCACGCUGCCCCUGGACAAGCUCCUCCACCCCCCACCUCUAAGGCUUACCCCCCGGGCUCCCGACCCCACGGAGACGGCCACGAGUUCCCUGCUGUUCGAAGCCAGGCCCAUUCCUAGAAGCCAGCCUGCCACGGUACGGUUGACCACUGCCCGGCCAGCUACCACCACCUGGACCACCCAGGGGAUCCGCAGGACCACCAUCCGCCCCCUCUCCACCGCUCCGGUGGUCCUGGCCACCCCCCAACCCGCGUACUCGGAGUCUGGCAGCGCAGAAGGCAGCGGUGACCCAGAACUGGGCAUCAGUGGGGACCAGGAAGCCAGCGGGGCUGGCUCUGCCGGGGAAGAGGAGCCAGAGGAGAGCCAAGUGACAUCCACCCCGGCCAUUGAAAGAGCAACGUGUUAUAACUCCCCUCUGGGAUGCUGCUCGGAUGGCAAGACGGCAGCUGUUGAUGCAGAAGGAAGCAACUGCCCGGCCACCAAAGUCUUCCAGGGAGUCCUCAUCUUGGAGGAGGUGGAGGGCCAGGAGCUGUUCUACACGCCUGAGAUGGCUGACCCCAAAUCAGAGCUUUUUGGGGAAACGGCCAGGAGCAUCGAGAGCGCGCUGGAUGAGCUUUUCCGGAACUCCGAUGUGAAGAAGGAUUUCAAGAGCAUCCGGGUGCGAGACCUGGGCCAGAGCAGCACGGUCCGUGUCAUUGUGGAGUCCCACUUUGACCCAGCCACCUCCUACACAGCAGCUGAUGUGCAGAGGGCCCUGCUGAAGCAGAUCAAGGCCUCCAAGAGGAGGCCCAUCCUCGUGAAGAAGCCUCAGCAGGAACACAUCAAAUUCAUGGACUUUGACUGGAUUCCCAGGCUCUUCACCACCACCACCACCACCACAACUGCCACCACCAUGGCUCCUAUCACCACCCAGAGGUUUACUGCCCCCACCGCUGCCCACGUCCUGCCCCCGGAGGCCAUGGAGAAGCCCAGCACCAAGAUGGCAGGGCCCGCCACCACCAGGAGACCCACCACCACUGUGCCGGCCACCACCCGGAGGAAGCCCACGCGCCAGCCCCCCGCCACCAAGAAGCCGGCCCGGCCCUGUGACUCCCACCCCUGCCUGCAUGGCGGCACCUGCGAGGAUGACGGGAAGGAGUUUACCUGCAGCUGCCCGGCAGGGAAAGGGGGAGCGGUCUGCGAGAAAUCCAUCAGGUACUUCAUCCCUGCCUUCGGCGGGAAGUCCUACCUGGCCUUCAAGAUGAUGAAGGCCUACCACACGGUGCGCAUCGCCAUGGAGUUCCGGGCCUCCGAGCUCAGCGGGCUGCUGCUGUACAACGCGCAGAGCCGGGGCAAGGACUUCAUCUCCCUGGCGCUGGUCAGCAGCUUCGUGGAGCUCAGGUUCAACACAGGAUCUGGUACAGGCAUAAUCACCAGCAAGGUGCCCGUGGAGCCUGGCAAGUGGCACCAGCUGGUGGUGAACCGGAACCGCCGUAAUGGCAUGCUGUCAGUGGACGGGGAGCCCCAUGUGAACGGGGAGAGCCCCAGUGGUACCGACGGGCUGAACCUUGAUACAGAUCUGUUCAUCGGAGGGGUGCCGGAAGACCAGAUGGCUGUGGUGGCAGAUCGCACGUCAGCCACCGCCGGCCUGAGGGGCUGCAUCCGCCUCCUGGAUGUGAACAAUCAGCUGUACGACCUGCGGGAGAAGGGCAGCGACGUGCUGUACGGCAGCGCGGUGGGCGAGUGCGGUAACAACCCCUGCCACCCCAACCCCUGCCACCACGGCGCCAUCUGCCACGUCAAGGAGGCCGAGAUGUUCCAUUGUCAGUGUCUCAAAGGCUACACGGGUCCGACCUGUGCCGAUGAGAGGAACCCGUGCGACCCCAACCCCUGCCACGUCUCUGCCACCUGCCUGGUGCUGCCCGAGGGAGGCGCCAAGUGCGAGUGCCCCAUGGGGCGGGAAGGGGAGUUCUGCGAGGCAGUGAUGGAGCAGGACCAGACCCGGCCGUUCCUCCCAGAGUUCAAUGGCUUCUCCUACCUGGAGCUGAGGGGGCUGCAGACCUUCGUGCGCGAGCUGCAGGACGAGGUGUCCAUGGAGGUCGUGUUCCUGGCCCGGAACCCCAGCGGCAUGAUCUUCUACAACGGGCAGAAGACGGACGGCAAAGGGGACUUCAUCUCUCUGGCCUUGCACGAUGGCUACCUGGAAUACAGAUACGACCUGGGCAAAGGAGCAGCUGUGCUCAAGAGCAAGGAGCCAGUCCCUCUGAACACCUGGAUUAGUGUGUCUCUGGAGAGGAACAGGCGCAAGGGGGUGAUGCGGAUUAACAACGGCGAGAGGGUGAUGGGAGAGUCACCGAAAUCCCGUAAGGUUCCUCACGCCGUCCUGAAUCUGAAGGAGCCCCUCUACGUGGGGGGAGUGCCCGACUUCAGCAAGCUGGCUCGCGCCGCGGCCAUCUCCACCAGCUUUGACGGAGCCGUGCAGAGGAUCUCCAUUAAGGGCAUCCCGGUCCUGAAGGAAGAGAACAUCCGCAGCGCCGUUGAGAUCUCUGCCUUCCGCUCCCACCCCUGCUCCCAGAAACCCAACCCCUGCCAGAAUGGAGGCAUGUGCAGCCCCCGGCUAGAGAGCUACGAGUGCGCCUGCCCGAGGGGCUUCUCCGGGGCACGCUGCGAGAAAGUGAUCAUCGAGAAGGCAGCAGGCGAUUCGGAGGCCAUUGCCUUUGAUGGCAGGACCUACCUGGAGUACCACAAUGCUGUGACAAAGAGUCCCGAAGCACUGGACUAUGCCCUGGACCACAGCGAGAAGGCCUUGCAGGAGAACCACUUUGAACUGAGCAUCAAGACGGAAGCCACCCAGGGUCUGAUCCUGUGGAGUGGGAAGGGGCUGGAGCGGUCCGACUACAUCGCCCUGGCCAUAGUGGACGGUUACGUGCAGAUGACCUACGACCUUGGCUCCAAGCCGGUUGUCCUGCGUUCCACGGUGCCAGUGAACACGAACCAGUGGAUCCAAAUCAAAGCGUACAGAGUACACAGAGACGGCUCCUUGCAGGUUGGCAACGAAGCCCCCAUAACUGGUUCUUCCCCUCUUGGAGCAACUCAGCUAGACACCGACGGAGCCCUUUGGCUGGGGGGAAUAGAGAAGCUCGGCGUGGCUCACAAACUGCCCAAGGCCUACAGCACCGGCUUUACUGGCUGCAUAAGGGACGUGAUAGUCGACCGCCAAGAACUGCACCUGGUGGAGGAUGCUUUAAACAACCAGACGAUAUUACACUGCUCAGCCAAAUAAACCCCCCAGGAGCCCUUCCUUCCCCUUCCCCCUCCUGCCUCUUGCUGUAAUUAUUUUCUAUUUUUGUAAACUUAUUGCUUUUUAUAUUUUGGGGGGGGAUGAGGGAGAAAGGGGGAGGAAACACCUGUUGUUGUUUUUUCGGUUGGUUAUUUGUUCGGUUGCAGUGUAGCCACAUCGGUCGGACUUUGCUCGAGCAGCAGCCACAUAGAACAAGCCCUGAACCAAGUCUCCAGGAAGUGACUGAGGAACAAACCCACGUAGCCUCCUUCAUUGUAAAUGUCAUUAAUACUUGAAGCCUUUCCCCCGCCCCCCGCCUUAUUUUAUUUUUAUUUUUUGUUGGCUCUUGUUCAUGCCCACGAGGGGGAGAAAAACGAGGAUCGCAGCGCUGGCCAGACCUGCGGCCUUCGGGGAACCCUUGCUUUCUGAUCUCAGGCUGUCCCCCACGCUCCGCUUCCUUCAUUCCUGGCUGAGCGGAGAAGCAGUCAUUCGGGGGAGGGGAACACCAUGUUGCAUUUGGGCCAAGAUCUACCCUUCUUUCCUCUCUGUCAAUAAUGGCAGUGUGGGAGGAUCUCAUGUGGUUUUCUCUGGGAUGCUCUGUCAGGGAACGCUGCUUGCUGGAAGAUGGACCAAGCUCAGCUCGUAGCAGGUUGGAAAGCUCCGCUCUGUGGUUGGCUCGUGCCUCCUUGACGACUCACUGGACUCAAAUUUGUUUUGUUUUUUUUUAUCAGUUUGGCUGAGGAGGGGCAGCAGCUUCUUUACGUGUUAAUCUCCUCCUGGAUGCGUGCAGAAGCAGCUGGGAAACCUAUUUCCAGGCUUUAUUUUUAUCCAGACAUGUCCCAACUGCCCACUUGGCCUCGCUGCGCUUUCCAAGAGUCUUUGCUGUUUACCAAAACAUGCCCUCUCUUGUGCCAGUGAGAACGCUGCAAAGUAUGUUGGAUGUCCGGGGCUUGAUCCAUCGAGGGUCACCCAUCCCCAAUCUCCUGUUAAGGUCAACAAGAUUUGAGGGCACAGGCUAAGGGCCCUUUUCCUCUGUAAUCCAUGUGAAGCACACUUCCCUUUUCCAGCCUGUCCUCUAUUUACAGAGACGAUGGUUUUGGACCAGCUGUCCUAAGGAUUUCUGCUUACACGCCUUGAAAGCUAAUGGGUGUUUGGCCAUUGACUUCAUGUUUGUACAACAGCCAGCACAACGGGGGACCCAAUCCUGGCCAAUGCCCAUAGACACAACCAUGAUACAAACCAUAACUUCAAUGGGGAACAAGAUUUGGCCCUUACUGUACAGGCAAGAGACAGGGUUGUAGGGUUUUUUGGUUUUUUUUAAAGCUAUUUUUAUUUUCCACAAUGCAAAUCAUUCCUUGUAAAAAUUUGCUACGAUGCAAAUACUGUAACGCCAGCCCCGAACCCAGUGUGUGUGUGUGUCGAUUUACAUGUACGCAUUGUAUGCAAACACCGAUUCUCUUGUUAAGGGAAAAAAGCCCCCAAGGCUGGUUAAGAAAAAAGGACCAAGAUGCUGAAAAAGACUGGCCUGCUUAGGGUGACCAGCCGUCCCGAUAUUAUCUGGACAAUCACGAUAUAAGGGGCUUUGUCUUAUAUACACAACUAUUUCCCCCUCCCCUGGAAGAAAAAGUGUCCCGAUUUUUCACCCUAGACCUGCUGUGUUCAGUUUCAUUGUCUGUGGGAAGGACUCACCAAUGCUCUCUAAUAGAGUACGUCUCCUUUCCCCCCCCUCCCGAGCUAGGCGGGUUUUGCUUUACUGUGUGUAAAGCACAUUUUAUGGAGCAGGGGGCAUGAAUUUGCAAGAUCCUGCCUCUUAUAAAGUGAUAUAAGGUUGUAGCAAAAGGUGCCACCAUUUGGCAGUUUUCUGGCCUGCCUGCUGGUGCUCCUUCCCCUCAAGAAAAUAACAUUUCUCUGGGCUGAACUCUGAGCCAGGAAACCCAACUGCUUUUUGUGGGGUGAGAUCUGAAGGCAGGUGAAGCGAAGGCAACCGACAUACCUUUUAAAACCACUUUUUUCCCCCCCUUCUAAAGCAAGGGUUCUACUUCUAAAGUCAGACCAAGUCGCACCAGGGACGCCUGGCCUAGAAAGUGUCCCAGGCCUCAAAAGAUGCCAUGCCUUGGGCUUGUGAUUCCCUUUCUUUUGGGGUGGGGAAGAGGCGGGGGGGUUGUUUGAUAUUCCUUGCCUGAUGUGUUUCUUCUUUUCCCUGCCUAGCUUUAUUUACCUGAUCCCGCUUAAAGAAAUAAAAAACUCCAUCCCGCCCGACCAGUCCUUGUUUCAUGUCCCAGCAGGCAAAACAUAGAUGUAUUUCUCCCGGUGGAAAUCUACACCUACUGUCCCGAAAAAGAUCCAGAGUGGUUAGUGACUCAGUGGGGGUCAUGGCCUUCUGAGAGCUACAAUGGAGAUUCCAGUGUUUUCUUGUGUGUGGCAAUACGGCAUUUUAAGUGGCGACUGUAAAUAGAUUGUGGGUCCUGUUGGAGAGUAAUGUGAUUGUGUCGUAAAGCAAACUGACUGCUGGACUUUAAGCACAUGGUGUAGGUCGCCAGAGGCUAACUAGGACUGGCAAGGCGGAAAUGCAAAACUCUCCUGCUGUAUUUUAGCUGGACAGUGCAACCUCCUAAGCUGCAAUUAAGGGCUGAUGAUUCCAACCUGAGGGAGAGGGAGAGGGGUGCGCAGACAGGAAGCUGCUAAUUUCCCAGAAUGCCACUAAAAUGAAGCCAAGGUCACUGCAAAAUAAUGCACUGUCUGCUUUUGCUGGGGCUUGGAAAUGCCUUAAAACAAAACAUUGUGUCCUUGUGGUCAAGCUUCUUGACCCAACAUCAGAUUCAGCAGCGCUCCCUAGAGGCCGUGCACUUAACUUCGGCUUUAUUUUCAACAGCAUUUAGAACUCCUGUGUACAAAAAGACAUUGAGUUUUGAAUUUUUUUUUCAACUUUUUUUUUUUUUGGUUGGCUAUUUUUUUACAAUUUGUCUGUCCACGUGGCUUCAUUUUUAGGGUAAAUUAAUGACGAUUGUGAACUGCUGUAUGAAUUCUGAAGGGCAAUGCACAGUAGAGGAGCAGCAUGAUAUAACCAUUACUAACUUGUGUCUUUCGUCAAUCACCAUGAAAUAAAGUUUGAAAACGAUUAAAUAUG